AUGGUCUACAUCACCUCUGACCUUUUUGGCCCCAGUACCACACACGAGUGGCAGCAAGACCGCCCCCCAAACUACUGGCACACCAUGUCCCACGAACAGCCCCCCGCCGCCGCCGCCGCCGCCAGCCUGGGCAAGAGAAAGCGACCAGCAAACGACGACACACCACACAUCCGAGAAACCACUCGCCCACACGUUUCUGGAAGCAGCAGCAGCAGCAGUCGUACCCCGCCGCCCUUCGAUCCCAACAACGACACCAACAACCUCCCGUAUGCCGUUGCGCCCUCGAGGCACCACGACUGCCCGUCUGACAGGCGCCCCGUCAAGCAACUCAAACGGCUCAGCCCCCCCAAAGCCGCCCUCGUCAAAUCCACAUCUCACCUCAUGGACGUCGACAUCGAUGCUCCGCCCGUCUGCGAUUCCCGUGCCGUAUCGGACCUGCGCUCAUGCCAUGCCUGCAACAAGGCGCCCAAGCGCAAGAAGGAUCUGGAAAAUUACUUGGAUUGCACUCGAUGCCAAGGCCGCACUUGCUUCAUCUGCGCCCGCCAGUGCGUCGCUUGCGACAAGGCCACUUGCAAAAAGUGUAUUGUCGAGGUGGGCGAGGACGGCGAUGCUUGGUGUUUGGACUGUUAUUCUCGCAGUAUCAAUUCAUGA